ACCCGCGCCCUCAUUCAGCCCCACACUAUUCAAUAUACAUAGAUGAUUAUAUACAGCGACAAGUAAAUACCACAUGAAUACUCCAUGGCGUAAGACAAGAACAAUUCUUCACGUAAGGCUUCCCACUUCUGUUCAGUUCACACAAGGAAAUAAUAACAUGGUGGACUCUAAAAUUCGUAGUUUAGCCAACAUUCAAAAUCUACAUGCCAAAAUGGGAACGUCGUUUAACAGUCGAUUAAUAAUUUUAAUAUUCGGUGGAUUUUCUGUUGCAAUCUUUUUACUUUUCUCCCUGCCGGCGGAUUUGUUUCUUGAACAUGAGGCGAUUAAAAAGACCCCAGAAAAGAAACAGGAUCAAUUUGUGAAGCCUUGGCCAGAGCUGCCAACAUUUCCUCUUUCGGACCUAGCUCUGUCGGAAUCACAAUCGGGGAGAGUACAGCGGGGUCCAUCAUAUACGGGCCUGAAGAGUCGCCUCAUUCUGUCCAAGGAUGCUGUCAAACCAGUGGCAUUCAGCAGGGGGAGUUUCGUUUUAGAUAAGGCGUUUGUGGUUAAGGAACUUCAGAACUACUCGGCACCGACUACAGAGGAAUUGAGUUUCGUCCUGCAGAAGGAGAAGGGUUUUGAUAUGAAGCCUCCUGACCACUUCUUGACAGCCUGGAAGAAUCCCUGUUGGAAGGGAGACAACAUGGUCGGUGGGACGUAUUUGAAGUGCCUUCCCUACUUCUACAUCCUGGGCUUCCCUAAGUGUGCCACCACGGACCUCUGGCAGAAGAUGAAGCUCCACCCAGCGAUAGAAGAAAAUGUCCCCAAGGAAACACAUUGGUGGAGCAGGCUUCGAUAUAAUGGACCAAAUAUGACUAUGAGUCAGUACUACGCCGGGGAACUGUUUGGCAAACACAUGAUGCAGAACGUGAACAAGUCUUCAAAAUCUUGGGUCCUUGCUGAUGGAUCGCCAUCCUACGUGUACGAAGGUCACAAUGAAAUACGCUACAAUAUGAUAAACGGGGCAGACGGUUACAUGCACCUUGACCCACCUGCACCCAGGGUCCUCGUCGGUCAUCUGAUCAAACAAUACACUCCCAAGGCAAAGUUUGUGCUUAUGCUGCGUAACCCAACGGACAGGAUAUUCUCGCACCACGUGUAUUUCGGCACCAAAGGAUACAAGCGUGACUUCGCCUUCCGGCGCUCUCCCAGAAAGCUUCAUUACCUUGCGCUGCGAAUGAUCAACCUGUAUAAGCAAUGCUUCUCGGAGAAGCCCAUGAGACAGUGUAUGUACGACCCCGUCCUCUACAGGGAAUGCGAGGAGAGCAAGGUCCGGCUCGACAGGAGCAUGUAUUCAUUCUUCAUAAGCGACUGGCUCAAGAUAUUCCCCCGAGAACAGUUCUUCAUCAUCACGCUUGAUGAAUAUUCAGACGAUAACAAAAGAUGGACGAUUUUAAAGGAAUUGUUCAAAUUUUUAGAAUUACCUCCCGUGGAGGACAACCUUAUGAAGAAGAUGGUAACACAAAAACGAGCAGUUGCAGAAAACAAAGACCCAGCUAUCAAACGCAUGCUGAAGGAAACGAGAUCUUUACUCAAUGACUUUUUCCGACCAUUCAACGAAGCGUUGGUAGAUUUACUUGGGGAUGAAAAGUUCCUUUUUGAAGGCACUGAGACGAAAACGAGUACGAGAAAGAAUGGUAAAAGCCCAUGAUGGAAUCGUGCAAGACAGUAUGGACGAUAUCACAAGCAAUAUGCGGUGCUUCAUGUAGUUACACCAGUAGUUUAUGCAGGUCAUCGAAACCACUUCAGUGGAAGAAAAAAACUAAAUGUAUUUGCUCAAACUGCUGGCUGCAACUUUUCUCCCACAUCGGGACUGAUUGCCAUUUCGUUCAAUGGCCAAUUCGCCUUUAGCUGUUUCGCUUAAGAGUUGCCAAUUCGCCUUGUGUCAAUUCACCUGAAUGUAAUAUUCGCUUUACCUCUUCAAUUUUAUUCAAAGUGAACAAAUCCAAUAUACGUAGUUCUCAUUGAAAUAUUGAAAUAAUGAUGGUGCCCAUGUGACCAUUUUAUACACGGACUUGGUUUGCCUGUCAUUUGUGACUUAAUCUUCGUUCACUGAAUCUUGACUUGGCUGGACAAUUUCGGCUUUUAUUUCACUGAAUAUCGACUUCUGUUUUGUCACUAGAUGCUUCAUUAUUUUGAUUGUCUCAGUCUUGUUUUCCACAUUAUAUAAUUGUGUUUACACAUCUGUGGUCUAUCUUUGCUUACCAAGAAAACUUUUUUUAAAGUAUUUUGCUCAAGUCAAAUACAAAUGUACAUGUAUAAUUGCCUUUUCGCAGUGAUUAAGUUAUACUUCUCUUCCUUUAAAUUUGUACUAUAAUUUGUAAUCUGCACACUUUUCGAUUUUGAAAAAUACUGGAUCAAAUUAUUAUUUGGGGAGUUGUUGUGCUUAUUAUCAAACACCAAUGCUUCAGAAUAUACUUUCGUUUGUGUUCAGGACUUGUAUUCAUCAUCUGUU